AUGCCGGCCCCACCUCGUCCCCUGAUUCCUCUCUGGGCCCGCUUCCUCGUCUACCUCCGCAACAAACUACCAAGCAGUAUUACCUGCAGAUUCAUCAUACCGGCUCUCGACCGGUACGGAAUCUCCGGGGGCGAACCGCGUCCCCUUGUUCACCACCCUCUGGCGCGUGAACAAAUCACCUCCUUCCUCCUCGGCGACGACGACGCUGAGUUAUGGCUUCUAACUCGUCUAAUCCGUUGCAUAGAAUGGGAACUCCUUCUAUGCAACUACCACACUGCCACCGCGAUGAUGCAUAACCUAACCAAUCGCAUCCCGGUUCUCGUCUCCUCGCCGAGUUACCACUACCUCUGGGCUAGGAUGUUAAGUCAACAGGGGUAUAUCGAACGAGCUGCUUGGCACAGAAAUCGGGCUCUCGAGUGUUUUCUGGGGUAUACCCAGGAUUGGUUGAGACACUCCGAAGAGUCGACUGUGAUGAAGUUGGUGAUUGAGUUGAAGGAGAUGAGGAGGGCUGAGACGGCUGAUAUACCGUCAAAGGAGUUUUUGAAUAAGUUGACUCAGGCGUACGAGGGGUAUGUGAAGAUGAGGCAUCCGAGGGAUCUCACGUUUGUUCAUUGUGACCUCUUCUACAUGUACCUUGACUACCAAUAUCACAUCCAAGACGAUAACGUCCACCCUGAUGCCCUCACCGACCAAAACUCGCACGCGAUCUCCGUGGUAGGCUACCACAUCCAAAAGGGCAACUUCUUCGGCUGCCACCAGCUCUACAAAUGGGUUCUCAAGAACGUCUCCACCCAAUUCACCCUCGACACCGUAGUUCAGGAGUUCAAAACCAUCUUCUCGACGCAUACGCCAGAACCCGUCCUGCUCGAAAAGAUAAUGGCAGAGUUAUACUUCGCCAACGCACAAAACGUCCUUCAUCUAUCAAACGAAGCCGGACAAGUCACUCGUUAUGUAAUCGAUUACGUCUGGGACUUAUACGAAGAAGCAGUAAUGCACGCCUACCGCGCCGGUGACGAGUUACUUAUCACCGACAUCAACUGGGCAAUCUUCAUCUUGGAUUACAACGUCGACGUGGACAGAAACGUAACUCGACAGAGGAGACAAAAACAUAAGUUCACCUGGUACAAUCUCGAAAUCAUGUACGAGGACUUUGUCGACUUCUGGAAGUUUUAUGCUUCUCGAGAUGACGCUGCAAGGAUUAGAUUGAUCUUGACACAAUUCGACCCGGUCGUUCAAUUAUGCCAGAAUACGGACUUGAACGAAAAGCUGGACCCCGCUUGGGCGUUCUACCAUAUGGUCACGGGUGACAGAACCGGCGAACAACCUUAUCACAAACUCGCAAACACAGCCGUCAGAAAACUCGACGUGGUCAAUCUCCUAAAGGCUCUUGACGCUUGGGAUGAGAAGUACGACGAAAAAUGGUAUCAUGAUGAGUUCGAUAUGAUGGAGUAUAGAUUGUUUAGCUACCACAGACUUGGAAAGUUGUCUGAGGGAAUUCCCUUGGCUUUGAACUUUCUGGACUUAUGCUAUCAGUAUGGAGAUGUUGAAGACAUUAGCAUUUCAAAUUACCACUAUCUACUCUUCAAAGCGGCAUUGACUCACACCAUCCUCCCCAGCAAAAGGGCAGCAUACGUCCGAACUCUUCGAUCGGAAUUCAACAGCUCCAUCGCCUGGGACGAAGAUCAUCUAUCCACUGUAGAUCUCACCUACAAAAAACGGUGCAUGGCCGCAAUGUUCUUCGCCGAUAACUGGAGAUAUCUCAAGAAAUACGACGGACUCGAAGAAGUUUUCGUCUCCAUUCAGCAUUUGACACACUGGCAUAGUAUGUGGAAGAUCAAAAGGACCAUGUCGCAGCAGACGAGGUAUCAUCUCGAAUUCUACCUCUGCGUGGUGAAAUAUUUAACCGGAUAUACGAAGGAAGCGUAUAUCCACGCCAUGAAGAUUGCGAGGACCUUUUUACCACUUCCCCAGAUAAGUGUCUGGCAGGGGAAAACGCAAUGCGAGAAACAAAAUGUCCAGAUAUACAUGGAUUGGAUGUUACUCUCCAUCGCUCUUUACGUCGAUGUAAUCGAUAACUUAUCCUUAGGCGGCAAAUCAGUUCGCGCCGAUUUGGUGGAGCUUAUCGAAGAAGACGAGUUUUGGAAGAUCGUUCACGGUCUGGAACAAUAUUGCGUUGAAACCGGGGAGAGUAAUAAAUUGGCACUUGGGUAUCAUUACCUCGGGUGGUUGAUGGAAAUGUAUGAGAAAUUCGACCAGGCCGUGGCUUACUACGAUGAAAGUGUGGAAUUGAUCAGGGAUGCUCAGUUGUAUGGAAUGAUCGGGGUGAGGAGGAAUCAUUUAGUGCCGGAGUUUAUGAAGACUUUGAAGCCUGUUAUGUCUUUGGAAAGAUUAUCUGGCUUGCAGAUUAAGAUCAAACAAAGGGAUCAGGAGGCUAAGAGGUUGAUUGAAGAGAGGGAAAAGCAGUACGAAAGGGAAGUGAAGAAGUUUUGGGUCAAUUGGAGGAUUUUGAAAGAGAAGAGGGAUAAGAAGAGAGCCAAGAGGAUGGAGAAGAUCAAAAACGUCUUCAGGCUAAGGAAGGAUAGGAGGGAUGAGAAGGACGAUGAGGGUAAGACAAAGAAGGGGGGUCUCACGAAGAGGAACAAAAACGCAUCAAUUAUUCGACAUCUCCUCCAGAAUGGAUAUAAGAGACUCACCAACGACAAGGACGACAAGUAUGACGAGUACGACAAGCGCAAGCUCGCCAUCAAGGUCGCAGAGCUUGAGUACACCGAUAGUUCCGGUUCUGAUUAUGAUGACGACGACAAGGAAAACCACGAUCCUAACGCUAGUGGCAAUCGAGAUUCCGACCAAACCCUGGGACCGCAAAGAAACGAGAAUACCCAACAGACACCAGCAGAGCAGAAGACAAAUAAUGAAGAAGAGGAAGAAGACGAAGCUGAGAAAAAAAGAAGAGCCGAAAUCAGGGAAGGGAAGAAACGAAUGACCGAUGCCGGCACGGGAAAUAUGGACCCGAAUCUUCCUAAACAUUCGAACUCUUCUAAACAUGCAGAUGCUCCUAAACGUACAAAUUCCCAAAAACGCCAGACCCCGAAGAAGGCGAAGAAGCCAAAGUAUCCUAGUGGUCCACUUCCACCACCUGACACUUACCUCAACCCGGAUCUUAGCAACGAGAUUUGGAAUACAUCGCAGGAGAUCAAAGCCUGGGAAUAUCGACGUAUCUUAGGCUACAGUACUCUGUGGGAUGAUCAAGAAAACCUCCUGAACGAGCUGAACAAGGUCAUUGCAUACUCGGAUCCACCAGUCUCACCCGGCCAAAUACGUUGGGUCCGUGAACUCGAGCGACUCAUUAGGCCCGGUGGAGGCCAUGGCGAUUGGGCUUACAAAUGGAGUUUCAUUUGUGAACGAAAGAAUGAAACCAUGAAGAUCCGAGUGGCAGUCAGGAAGUUGAUACGAGGCGAUGAACGAAUUGCAAUCCCCAUGUGCAUCCUCAUUGCAAUCCCUCCUGUGAUUCAAGAUGUUUACGAUCUCCGAGGGUAUCGAUCACCCGGACAGGCCAUGAUAUUUAUCGACUAUAUCACUAUUGAUAAUAAAGUCUACAUGGUCUACAACAUUGAGAAAUUCAGGCCGGUCAGGUAUUGUCCACAGCCUGUUUGUAUUUCUCACCAUGUUCUCUUGGCUCCAACCAAACACGCUAUCGAAGGUUGGGUUGAGGAAAUCUUGUACGAAGGCCUUCAAGGCAAGAAUAUCUCAAAGAUAAUGGAUAUCGGACGUGAUCUUGUCAGCCCUAUUAGGAAAAUCGCCAGAAAGGGAGAUUUGGUUAUCAUUGGAAACUCUCCAUUGAUGAACCGUGUCCCUUUCCAUGCGAUACCAAUCGGAGAGAAGAAAUCAGAAGAAAAUACCUUAAACCCAGACGAAUCUGGAUGUUCCGAAAAUGAAAGAAAGGAAAUCUAUGAAGACGAGGAUGAUGAAAGCUUGGAUGACUUGGCUUUACCGGAAAUUACUUGUGACGACGGCGACGGUACCGAAAAUUAG